AUGAAGUCAUCCACGCUCUUUCUCACUUCUCACCUCCUUUGGACCGCGAACGCCUUCCUUGCAUAUAAGGAAUAUGCGGUAAAGCGAUUGGUGGAGGAGUACGACUUACCUGAGGCUUGCGCAAAGGUCAUGCUCACAGACAUCGACUGCGAUGCUAGUCUCGAUGACGCGGGAAGUACCGGAUGGCAGGGCUCGAUUGAAGAGGGUGAUGACUUCACAAUCACUGAUAGCAUCUGCGCCAAAAAAUGCGGCGACUCCCUGCAAAAGUGGACCGCAUCGUUUGCCAAAUACUGUGAGCCAGAGGGAUACCGCCCGGGCAAUAUGGUUGAGGGUCGACGACAGAUCUGCGACAAGGAUGCUAAGACGGGAAAAUACUGCAACGCUAUCAUAGAUUCGUUCCCUGAGACGGACGAUGAUGAAGAACUUCCUGCCAAAUACCUCUGCGAGCCUUGUUACGUCCGCCGCCUCUGGGGAUUCGACAUCAGCAAUUACAGCCCCGCCAACAGUUGGAUCGUCACCCAACGGGAGCGUAUGGACAAGCUAUGCCCCAAGUCGGUGCUAGUUGAGAAAAAGGCGUCAACUAUUCUACCGCACACGGGUACGAUGGCGCAGCCUUGGUUAGAGUCCACGGAAACUCCGAGCGUUGUCAAAAGUGAAGUUGAGACCACUCCAACUCCGGAGAGUACCGAAACCGCAUCACCAACAACCAUUGCAGUAUCUUCUACCACUGCGCCAGUUGAGAGCAACGCGGCUGAGAGCCUUGGAAACGGUCAGCUGAGAGGCCAAUGGGCAUCAUUGCUUCUUUUGGGGAUGAAUGUCUUGUAUCUAUAA